CACAAACACAAAAGACAAAGCAGCCGGUUCAACAACGUUGGGCUUCAGCCCAUUACCAACAACCAACUGACGUUACUACGCAUUAUCUGCUCCCUUAUAUAAACUCGCCCUCGCGCAGCCUCCAAUUCCCUAAUUCUGCACACACACACACACAGAUAGAGAUAUCAGGAAAUUCCGCUUCGAUCUAGAUUUCCCUUUCCAGAUUUUCAUUUCCGAUUCGGCCAAGCAAAUAUGGUUGGGAAUCAGCCUGAGAAGGAACAUCCGGUGCCGGCGUUUGGGUUGGCUGCCAGGGACCAAUCUGGAGUCCUCUCCCCCUUCAACUUCUCCAGAAGAGCGACUGGGGAGAAGGAUGUGAAGUUCAAGGUCAUCUACUGUGGGAUCUGCCAUUCGGAUCUCCACAUGAUCAAGAACGAGUGGGGCACCAGUACCUAUCCUCUUGUCCCUGGGCACGAGAUCGUGGGAGAAGUGACAGAGGUCGGGAGCCAAGUGGAGAAAUUCAAGGUUGGGGACAGAGUCGGGGUAGGGUGCAUUGUAGGGUCAUGCCGCUCCUGCGACAACUGCUCCAACAGCAUCGAGAAUUACUGCCCCAAAAUGAUCCUGACCUACGCCGGCACCUACCACGACGGCACCGUCACCUACGGCGGCUACUCCGACGUCAUGGUCUGCGACGAGCACUUCGUGGUCCGAGUCCCCGACGCCCUCCCUCUCGACGCCGCCGCCCCGCUGCUCUGCGCCGGGAUCACGCUGUACAGCCCGCUAAGGUAUUACGGGCUCGACAAGCCCGGGAUCCACUUGGGCAUUGUUGGGCUCGGUGGGCUGGGCCACGUCGGGGUCAAGUUCGCCAAAGCUAUGGGCGCUAAGGUCACCGUCAUCAGUACCUCCCCUGCCAAGAAGCAGGAGGCCAUUGAGCGACAUGGUGCGGAUUCCUUCUUGGUCAGCCGCGACCAGGAACAAAUGAAGGCUGCAAUGGGGACGCUGGAUGGUAUAAUUGACACAGUGUCAGCUGUGCACCCAAUUAUGCCCUUGAUUGGGCUGCUCAAGACACAUGGGAAGUUGGUGUUGGUCGGCGCUCCGGAGAAGCCACUGGAGUUGCCAGUUUUCCCUCUGCUCAUGGGAAGGAAGAUAGUAGGGGGGAGUUGCAUCGGAGGGAUGAAGGAGACGCAAGAGAUGCUCGAUUUCGCAGCAAAGCACAACAUCACAGCUGAUAUCGAGGUUAUACCGGCCGAUUACGUGAACACGGCGAUGCAGCGCCUUGAGAAGGGAGAUGUUAAGUACCGAUUCGUCAUCGAUGUGGCCAAGACUAUGCAAGCUUAAGUUUUGUGAUCCGUUAGGGAGAAGCUACGGGGAUUUUGUUUUGUUGGCUUGAUAAGAGGCGGCGUAGGAAGUGGAGAAGUGUGUGAUUAGUACUUACCAUCCUCUAGUGUUUUGAGAAGAAGAAGAAGAAGAAAGUGUUUGCUUUUAUUGCUGUCAUUGCUUGUGAAAAAGGUGAAAUAAGAAGUAACUGUGAUUUGUGUCGUAUAAUUUACAAGGAAAAUCCAAAAAUAAUAAAGUGUCUUUUUUCUUCUCUCUCUCAAAUUCAAUCUCUAUGAUUUACUCUCUAGAGUUCCUUUCUCCAGCUCUCUAUCACCGUCGUCAAUUUAGAGACGUGCGUGCUCCACCCUUUUCAAUUCUGUAUGUUGUCUUUG